AUGAUUAGCACAGGAUUGCCUCUGUUUACCUUAUCAAAAAUAUGUCAUAAUUGUUUUUUCAAACAGACGAGAUCGCUAUCGCGAUAUUCGUCAAAGGAUAAAGUGAAAGGAAGGCGCAGACUGCUGCCUAGACCUAAUACCGAAAAAUUCAAUUCCGCUCGUAGUGGUGUUGGCGUUGGUGUUGGUAAUGGAGCUGGUGCUGGUGCUCGUGUUGGUGUUGGUGCUGGUGCUGGUAGUGUUGCAGCAAAGGUAUUUGAGUCUGGGAACUUUUCCCAAUUGCAUAAUAAUGGUUUGAGCAAACAAGCACAAACUGCUGGCCUUGAUUUGAAACAGAAAAUCACUAGUUUUGACCAACUAAAAGUUUUUCCAUCUGUUAGAGAAGCAAUGAUCAAGGAGAUCAAAUCGCAAUAUAAUCUCAAAGGGCCUCAGCAUUCGUCAAUUGAUGAUGUAGUGAUUAAACCAACUCCAGUUCAAAUUGCUGCCAUCCGUAAGAUUAAUCAAACCAGAAAAAUCAAAGUUGCCAAGAACUUGGAUGAAAUGUCUGAAGGUGAGCGAAUACAAAUUGAAUUGCAAACCAAAAACGAAGAACAAAAGACCAAGAUCUUUACUGUGGCUGCCGAAACCGGCUCGGGAAAGACAUGGGCAUAUUUAGCCAAUAUCAUGUCCAAGCUCAAGGAGGAUGAUUACAAAUGGUUCAAUCAAAGCCCGGAAGCCUACAAUUCAUUCAAAAGUUCCGAACAAGUUAGAUCUGUUAUACUUUUACCAACACAUGAGUUGGUGGAGCAAGUAUACGAAACUUUGAAAAGGGCCAAUUCGUUUUUAUUGGAGUAUGAAAACGUGCCACUGCAGUAUAAAGAGUUUCUAAAUUUGCCAGAGCACCAUACUUUGGGUUUAUCUAUAGCAAAACUAUCUCAUGGUGAUGCUCCAAUCAACGUGUAUAAGCAAUUACGAAAUCGCGGUAAGAUUGAUAUUUCGAUCACUACACCGGGAAAGAUUACAAGUUUUUCUAAACUUGAAUCGAUUGAUCGUCCAUUUAAGAUCUUCAAGAGUAUACGGUAUUGUGUAAUUGAUGAAGCAGAUACCUUGUUUGAUGAUUCUUUUUUGAAAGAUACCACUGCAGUGGUGAAGAAUUUUCCCAAGUUGCUUGAUUUGAUUUUGGUUUCUGCAACAAUUCCCAAGGAGUUUGAAAAGACUUUGCUGCGGUUGUUUCCAGACCAAAAAUCUCUUAUUCGUGUUGCUACUCCUUCCCUUCACAAGAUUUCGAAAAACAUCAAGGUGAUGACUUUGGAUGCCGACUUGGCUCCCUAUAAUGGUUCCAAGACAAGAUGCUUAGCGCAAGCCAUCUACGCCAUUUCAAAAGAUGGUACUGAGCAUAACCAUGUUAAGCGUAUCAUCAUCUUUGUCAAUGAAAAAGCGGAAGUGGAUGGUCUUGUUGAUCUUUUGCAAAGCAAGUAUCAUAUCAGAAGAGAAGAUAUAUGUGGUAUAUCCGGAUCUGUUAAUGUUGGAGAUCGUAAAGAUUACAUUGAACCAUUUUUGAAACCAGCGCAGUUGUUGGAGGAUGAUGUUGACCAGAGUAAAAUCAAGAUAUUGGUUACAACGGAUUUGCUUGCUCGAGGAAUGAACUUUAUAGGAAUCAAGAAUGUGAUACUCAUGGGAUUGCCAAAAAGCUCUGUUGAGCUCGUGCACAGAUUGGGACGUACUGGAAGAAUGAACCAACUGGGACGUGUUUUCAUCAUUGUUGAUAAGAAGUCAAGGAAAUCUUGGGUGAAGGGAUUGGGGUCGGCAAUUAUGAAGGGUUCUAGAAUUGGAUAA